UUACUCAACUUAGAAAGCACAAAAAGCUCGGCGUAUGAACAAUAAAUAAAAAAAUCGAACUUUUAAUACUGAUUGUAUUUAUGCGCUCACUUUGGGAAUCUUUAGCUCGGUUUCUUAUUGGUUUUGUCUCUCUUUUUCCCUCUCUCUCUCUUUCGCUCUCUAUUACUUCCGGACAAACGGAGCGUUAUCAUUUCAGUGUUUUAUAAACAGAGCAUUUGCGACAGAGAAAGUUAUAAGUGUAGUCACCAGCUGUAUUUCUUUGUAAAUAUGCGAAAAAACUGUUAAAUUUUAAGUGAUUUAAACAAACAAAAAAGUAUCUGGAAUACAAAAAAAAAAUACCAAAACAAACAGUCAUGACAGGCACGCCGUCUACUUUUUUCAUAUAUUUACUCACUGUAAUAAUUGUCUGGAGCAAACCAGAGGCUUUAGCGGUGGGGGAAAAUAACGUGUACACUAUACUUUAUGGCAAUGAGGCGACAAUUAGCGGCCUGCAACGAGAGGUGCGAAUUAUUCAGCAAAAACUACAAGAGCAUCGACGUAGCUUAAACAAUCUGCACAUAAACUAUGCAACCUUGCUGAAACGUUUCGACGAUCUAGAGAAGAAACAAAAGCACAAUUUGGAGGAUAACCUCUUACCGAAAAUACAAAGAUAUAUUGAGAAAAAACUGAGGGAUCAAACCACAGAUAUCUUGCAGGCGCAAAGGAAUUAUCAAAAAGCACUGCAGAGCCAGGUAGACGCACAGCGUCAGACAUUUAACGAAGAGUUCAAAAUAUUCGAAACGAAAUUGCUUAAAAGGGUACAAAGUGAACUGCCGGUAGACAGCGUGACGUCCAAACCUGAUAUAGCCGAACUCACGCCAUUUGAGUAUUUGAAAAAUUUGGAAAACAAUGCGGCUGAGUUGAAAAAUUUGCCAAAAAAUGCUAUAGCAAUAUUGGAAAAGAUUAUAAACGCUAUAGAGUGCAUUGACGAGGAUGUUUCAGCGUUCGACCGCGAUUGGCCUGCGUAUACAAGUUUUCUACCAACAAAAGACGACAAGUCGGUGGCGGUAAACGCUAGGCCACCAACAUCAGUGGCGGGUAAAAUCCCCAGUAGUUGCGAUGAGGCAAUCAAAAUGAAGGACGCUACAGCCAAUGAUGUUGGUCGUGGCAUUUAUACAUUAGACUUGACACUUUAUAAUCUCUCACACACGUUUGGUUACUGUUUACCCGAUCCGAAUGGUGGCGAAGCGUGGCUGCUGAUACAGCGGCGCAUCAAUGACAAAUUAUCAUUCCAUCGCAAUUGGCAGGAUUAUCGCAAUGGUUUUGGUAAUUUAGCUGAAAGUUUUUUCUUUGGCCUUGAGAAAAUCUAUCGGAUGUCACGUGAGAGAAAUCUUGAAUUAUGGAUACAACUCGGUAUAAGCACCACUGAUAGUAGUCCGCAUGUGGAGUAUAGAAAUUUUGCCAUUUCAAAUGAAGCUGAUAAAUAUCAGCUAAAGAUAGCAAAUAUCGGCACAGAGGGUGAGGUGGAUGAUCUAACAGAUGCCCAGGACUUUGAUUUCCAAACAUUUGAUCGGGGGGAUAGUGAGAAAAAGAACUGUGCGGACGACUUACGCAGCGGCUGGUGGUACGAUGUUAGCCGGAAUAAUGGUGUAUGUGAUAAUGGAAAUUUGAAUCGUAAACUCGCAGAUAUUCACUGGAACAAUUAUGAUAAAAUAAUUUAUGUUCACAUGGCGAUAAGACCUACCAAGCGUGAUGUCAUAGUCAAGGGAAAAAUUGCAUGAAUUCAUGAAAAAAAUUAGUACAGCAACAAUCAUAUUAAUAUGACCAGCGGAUUGUUUCUAAUAAUUUUGGUACUUUUCUGGACUCAUAUGCAUGC